AUGGCUACUCCCACACCCCUCAGUGCGAAAAGCAAGCUUGCCGGACCCGGCGCAUCCUUGAAAAUCACUCCUUCGAACUCUCCAAUCCUCCGACCAGGCACGCGAUCCCCCAGCAAAACCUCUCAUCAAUCCUCCUUAUCUCUCCAGACCGUUAUCGGCACAACAACGACCACCCCCAAUGGCUUUUCAAGCCAUGACCAAAGCAGAAGCUUUGCGCUAUGCGCUGGAUCAGCAGCGGUUCUUGCGGAGUUAGACGAGGACGACAAUAUAACACAGCGCUUCUUCCGAGCCCGCCCCUCCGCGACAAGUGUCAACCCAUCAACUUCUUUUUACAACCAGUCAACUCCCCCGGCCACCCCAGACCCACGAUCGCGAUCCUUGUCCCAUAUCCGGUCCAAUCCACACCUGAAUCUUCACAAUGGGUCUCCGUCAAGCGAAGCUGUCGACAGCGGGAGUCCACGUGCGUGGUCUUCGAGGGAAAGAAUCAAAGCAGUGACCAGUGUUUCGAUCAGCCCGAAUGGAAGAUUCCUUGCGGUGGGAGAGACUGGCUAUAAUCCUCGAGUCUUGAUAUUUUCGACAGCGAGAGAUGCAUUGCCGGAUGUUCCUCUAUCCAUUCUGAACGAGCAUACUUUCGGUGUUCGCAGCCUGGCGUUUAGCCCCGAUUCUCAGUAUUUGGCAACACUCGGCAAUCCGAACGACGGAUUUCUCUUUAUCUGGACAAUCAACCUCAAAAAUGGGUCGGCCAAGCUGCACUCCGCGAAUAAAUGCACCUCGUUUAUCAAGGAUAUGUGCUGGGUCGGCCAGAGCUUGGUCACGACCGGUCUGCGACAUGUGAAGGUCUGGCGUCUUCCAACGGUGAUUCGGCCUGUUUCACCAACCAAGACACGCUUGAAUGUCGAGGGAGCUCCCUCGCCCAAUCCUGCUCCGAAAGCACUUUCUGGCAGGAAUUGUCUACUAGGUGCACUGGGCGACAACACCUUCACUUGUGUGAACAGUAUCUCCUAUAACGAGGCUGUAAUUGGCACAGACUCAGGUGCAGUUUGCUUCCUUGAUGACCGCGAAGGAUCCCAGAAGAUAAUCACGGUAAAGCAAGCUGGAUUCAGCAUCACCUCGUUGGCCGUUGACUUUGAUCGAGAGUCUAUAUGGCUAGGUGGGCGAGGAAGGCAAAUGCAGCGCGUGCCAUUUGAUGUUCUACGAUCAUCCGGCUCAUCCACGCCAAUGUCCCCUGCGCGCCUUGACAAGAGUGCGAUCGACAAGAAAAGCAAGGCCCCGGCGAUUACUUGUAUGGCGUCUCUUAAUUCCCAUCUGGUCACUGUUGAAUCCACCCGCGCGAUUCAUGUCUAUCCGAUUGACACCUUAAGCGAAGAUGGUGAGCAGGAGGAGGGGGAGGCUUCCAUGCCAGCCCAUCGGGAUCCAAUUCUCGGUAUUUGCCGUAUGGAUUUCCCCAACGGCUUGUCUGCGGACUUCUUCACGUGGUCCCGCAAUGGAUCGGUGAACUUUUGGGAUGCCCAAGGAAGAAAAGAAGACGAUGCGGCAAAUGAACUCAAAGUUUUGAGGACCGCUGAAAAUGCGGACUGGUUUGUCUCUGGUGACAAGCUCGGCGUAUUGAGAAUAUUUUCGAACUCCGAGUGGACCUGCCUCAACCAGGCGCGCGCCCACGGUGGAGAAAUCACAGAUGUGGCCAUCCAAGGCAUGGACGAUACCUGGCUGAUAGCUAGUUGUGGGCGUGACCGGAUGGUGCAACUCUUCGAGAAACGAGACACCGAGUUGCAGUUGAUUCAAACCAUGGACGAUCACGUCGGCGCCGUUGGGAAAUUGAUGUUCAUCAACGAAGGCGAAAAGCUGCUUUCGUGCUCCGCAGACCGCACUGUUGUCAUACGGGAUCGUGCGACACGCGAGGUAGAUUGUGGCACAUCUGUUGCCUACCUCAUCUCAAGGGUCAUCACUCAAAAGUCCUCUCCCGUGUCGAUGACACUUUGCCCAGACGACUCGAACAUCCUGUACCUUUCUACCAUGGACCGUUGUGUCUCGAAAUUCGAUAUCCCCUCCGGGCAUCAACUUCACUGUUUCAAAGCAUCUGAUUCGGAGACCGCUGAUGCGGUGAUUAUGAGCUCGUUGACAAUUGCAUCUGAAAUCUCAGGUCAGACCCCGAAGGUUCUUGUAGGUGUUUCGAGCACCGACAAAUCUAUUCGUGUCUAUGAUUUAGAGCGGGAUCAGCUCCUCACUGGGGAAUUUGGCCAUACAGAAGGCGUCACUGAUGUGUUACUCCUGGAAGACCGUGAUAAAUCCGAUGAGUCCCAAAUCAAGCGCACAGUGGUCAGUACUGGUAUGGAUGGUAUCUUGAUGAUAUGGAACCUAUCUGUCCAGCAACAGGUCUCGCCAGACCUCAUCGGGAAUGCACGCGAGGACGAUGAGAACCCUGUAAAGGAAAUGACAGCGGCGAAGCCCCCUCUCCGAAAAGUUCUUUCCCGCAGCGAGCUCGCCGGAUUUCAACGACCGGAUAGUCCCAAUCCUACAACACCAACACCUAUACGCGAGCAAUCUCCAACGCUACUUCGCAAACUGUCUCGACUCUCCCUAGCACCAUCAUCACUAAAGAACCAUUCCGUCUCAGAAACACCAUCCCCACCAAACCGCCUCUCCCCAACAACAGGCACACCACAAGACCGACGCCGCCGGUCCCCAUCCCCAGUAAGCCCUAAAACAAAGACCCCAACACCCCGGAAACCCCACAGCGCAAGAACCACCAACCGCCGCACAUCCCUCGACUUCCGCACUCGCGGUAAGACAACCCCGCGGAGUGAGUUCGGAAGCUUGGACAUGUCCACCGAGCAAUUGUGUCGGACUCUCCGAGCAUAUCGCAAGAAACUCAACGGCUCGAGCCAACGCAUGCAAGCGCAAAAGGAGCUCGAGCGCGAGCUCAGUCUCACACUCCGCAUUGUGGGUGGUCGUGGACAGAGCAGCGACGAGAGCGGCGAAACCGAGACGGAUAGCAGCGGUAAGGAUAUGGAGCGGGAGCAGAAACAGAGCUACUCGGCAACUCCCAAGUCGCCCCGUGUUCCUCACCGUAUGCCGUCUACCCCGUCGUUACGGUAUAAAGGAGUGCGGCAGGUUUCACGGAGCCGUUCUUGUGAUGCGAAUGAGGAAGAAUGA